AGUUACGAUUAGCUAAUGAGGGCUCAGUCUAGCGGACGGAUCUACACAUGGAGCGGUGAUACGGUCAAGCAGGUUCCGAUGGCGACACUUCCGAUCACGUCCUGGAUAUUUAGCGCUGGCUUCACACAGCCUAUACCAGACCACCAGGCGCACCAGCAUCUCUCGUCUCUGCUGACUCAGUGCCUUACCAGCAGCUCCUCCACCCUGAGAUACAGCAUCCAGCAAACGACGCACACUCCUCCGGCCAACCCGCCCCGACACCACCCUACAAAAAUGGCAAAGACAGCAAUCGCUUACAAAGAGAAGAUGAAGGAGAUCUCAGUUCUCUCGCUCAUCUGCUCUUGUCUGUACCCCGAGACCCGCAAAAACAUCAUGGGUGACUUUGAAGCAGACAUGGACAUCAAGCCCAUUAACAAGCGGGCCUCAGGCCAGGCCUUUGAGGUCAUCCUGAAGCCCACCUCCCCUGUGUCUGAUGUCAACCACUGCAUCACCAGCCCCCCAAAGAGGGACAUCUCCCUGGAGGACAUCCAGAAGAAACUGGAGGCAGCUGAGGACCGGAGGAGAUCCCAGGAGGCACAGAUACUCCGGGCCUUGGCUGAGAAACGGGAGCAUGAGCGCGACGUGCUGCUGAAGGCCAUGGAGGAGAACAGCAACUUCAGCCGCAUGGCCGAGGAGAAGCUCCAGUUCAAGAUGGAGCAGAUCGAGGAGAACCGGAUGGCUUACAUGGCCGCCCUGAUGGAGCGCCUGCAGGAGAGGGAGAAGCAUGCUCAGGAAGUGCGCAGGAACAAGGAGUUGAGAGAAGAGUUGACCGCAUGAGAAACCCCAACAGCUCCCACUUUCCACCUUAAAAAUCUCCUCCACCACCCCUGACCCUAAGGAACACCACCCAACCCCUCCCCCCCACCAGCUUAUCCUACAUUUCCCUAUA